CCAUUGUAGCCUGAUGCCAAUUCAAGCAUCCAAUCAAUGCUGCCACAGCAAAAGCAUGUGUGCAAGCUUAGUCCACCUCAGCAGUUUGCAGACUCAUUGUCCAAGGCCACUCGGGAGGCAUGCAGGCCACCAUGUUGUCCAACAUGUCGUAGGCCAUAUUCAAAAAAUAAUGAUUCUUUCCAAAGUGGCUUUCACAAGAAAUUCUCAGAUUUUCCUUGCAGCCACAAGGAUAACAUGGGAGGUGACAUAAGAAACACUAUGCCUUCACAUCUGCCAAGUCGAAGAAGGAGGAAGAAAUCUAAAGACCUCUGUUGGACACCAAUGAAGGAACAAAAGCAACAAACCCAUGUCUUUGAGUGGAGGCACGAGGGGCAUGAUCUCGUAGAAAAGCAUGGAGGCAUGUGCAAAUGCUGCCUCUAUAAACAAAGUCAAUUUAGACAUUGUCGCCAUAUAAACUUGGUGGCCUACCAAGAGUUCCCUACCCAAAAUCCUAGGACUCUUCGAAGGCGGCUUCAAAAGAAAAGAGCUAAAAAGCGUCGAAGACAUGUUGCCGAGGUGCAUGCUUCGCAAUGGCAACAACCACCAGGGAGGCAAAAGUUUAUUUGGGUGGAGAAGAAGAAACACAGUGCAGCUUCUCAAGAGGCAAAUCAAAAUUUAGUCAAUGCAAUCGUGUCUCCAAAGACGUCUGCCAAGUGUGUUCCUUUUAAGUCAAAUGACUCAAAGGCAGCUAAGGAGCUUAAUGUCAGCAGCAAAACAAUUAGCCUUGGUGAGUUUAUUACUGAACUUCCAAGUUCCAAUCCAAAUCUCCCUUUUGUUUUCACAAGGAAGCAAGAUGCAGCCUCUAGUAGCAAAGGGGCAGCAAAGAACAAAGCAAACAUGUCUGCCAAAGAAAACAAAGGGAAGAAUCAUAAAAAAGAUGCUGCAACCUUCGUUCCAAGAGGAGGAAUGCUGCCGUCAACUAAAAGCAUGCUGCCUAGGAGACAUUCUGCUAGUAAUAUGAAAUCUUUGCAAAUGCACAAGGCAUUAGAUGAAGGCACAUACUGGCUACAAAACCUUGACGGUAGUCUGCACCUCACAAAAAUAAAUGGCUUACCUUUUCAGCCAUGUUGCCCUUCGGUCUGUAAGUCAUGCAGUAGAUCGAAGUGGAAAUAAUCUCUUUGCCUAAAUCAGGUUUGGGUGGAGAUCAGCUUUAAUUUAGUUUUUGUUUUUAAUUAGUGUGAAUAAUCUUGCAGUUGAGCGGCUUUAAGGAAGGCUGUGAGAUGGCAUUGUUUUAAGACACUAUGCUUUUUGUGGAAGCGUGCUUGAGUUAUGUCUCCAUGUCAAACAAGAGAAUUCAUGGAAUUGUUCUUUUUGGAGGCUACAUUUUACCUUUUUUGCAGAUACACUUUUAGUUGGCUUAUUUAUCUAUGAAGCCACUGUGUCUGUCAGAUGAUAUUCCAUGCUAUGCUGAAGAAAACAACAAUAUCAAA